AUGUCUAUUGUUAUGGCUAACUCUAUGAUGAACAAGACCCUUCCCGACCUCUCUAAGUUGGAGCCUCUUGAUGGCAAGAACUACAAGAGAUGGUCACAAAAAUUAUUGAUCUUUUUUGAGCAACUUGAAAUAGAUUAUGUGCUCUAUGAGGAUGUGAUUGAAGCAAUUGAAGCAAGCAAGGCGGUAGCACCGGAUCCCUCCCUUUCGGCGGAAGAUGUCAAGAAGGCGGCCGAAGCAUUGACGAAGAAGGAGAAAGACAACAAACUUGUUCGGGCUCACAUUCUCCAUCAUGUGAAUGGAAUCUUGUUUGACCUCCUCAUCACCAAUCGGUCAAGCAAGUCCAUUUGGGACACCUUGCAAAAGAAGUAUGGAGCCGAUGAUGCCGGUAAGAAAAAGUAUGUUGUUGGUAAGUGGAUCAAUUUCAAGAUGACGGAUGACAAGUCCAUCAUGGAUCAAGUCCAUGAUUACGAGAACAUCGUCACCGACAUCUUGGGUGAAGGUAUGAAGAUGUGUGAAACUCUCCAAGCCAAUGUACUCUUGGAGAAAUUUCCACCAUCAUGGAAUGACUACCGCAAUUCUUUGAAGCACAAGAAGAAGGACAUGAACCUUCAAGAACUCAUUGGUCAUAUGAGGACCGAAGAGGCUAAUCGCCUCAAGGAUAAGUUUGAAUCCCUUUCUUUGAAUUCUUCUAAAGCUAACUUGGUUGAAUCUAGUGCUCCUAUGGCUAAAAACAGGUUCAAAGGGAAGAAGAAAAAUCAUUCAACCAAAGGAAACUUCACUAACAACCACAAGAUUCAAAAAGACCAAAGGAGCUUGCUAUGUGUGUGGAAAGAUAGGACACAAAGCCUAUCAAUGUGA